AUGGCCAAUCGGUUUCGGUUUAUCUAUAACGCGUGCGUGGAGUUCUUCAACGUAACAACCCUCAGCAACAGUGACGUCAUUAAGGAGUUUCUCCAGAACGAUGACGUUACCGUCCUGGCAGCGAUCUCGGUCGAAGGUGAGGUUCUCCUGCAGAAUGCGGUCCCCGUGGAGGAUCAGUACGGGUUGCUGUUCUACAAGAUACCGAACCUGGACUUUAGCGGCCACACCGGACCGGCCAAGAUUGGGGUGUUAACGCUCGAGGGUGGACUAGCGAAGUCCAUCUACAACUCGAUGCAGCGUGUCUUUUCACCGUACAUCCUGAAGAAGAGCGAAUAUCCGACCGAAAUACGGACGCUGCUGCAGAACCUACACUCCAGCCUUGGUCUAUCGCUCGGACUGACCGAGUCGGGCAUACUGUCGCUAUCGGAUGAGGUUAGCUUUUGGAUGCACAAAACCAAGAGCCUACCGACGAAAGCGGACCGUGAAGCGGCCCGAUCGUUUGCCACGAUCUUGGAACAGAUCAGCCAACAGUUCGGUGAUAGUGAGUCGAUGAGUUUGAGCAAACUGGAUGAAAUGAUCGACGUGUGCCAGACGGCGCUGGAUGAAAUCUGGCGGUUACCGAACCAUUAUCCACAGAAUCGUAUGUGCAGCAUAUUCGACAUGAUAUCGGUGCGGGUGGUCACUUCCUGCACAGAGCAUCUCAUGGAGCUGGAUAUGUGGGACAUUGGUACGGUCACGUUAGACGAUGCGAUCGGGCAUGUCAGGGAAACGCUCGACUCGUGGAUACAGACCUUCGAUUCCUUAACGCGCCUGUUCUGGCCCAACUAUGAGCCCCAUCUGUGGGUUGGGGAACCGUAUCGGUCGAAACUUCUCAGCAAAUUUCAGACCAGAUACAAAGAGAUUCUAGAUAUCCGGCACUUGAAAGAUUUGCUGUAUGCUCUUUUCUUCGAGAGUGAAAAGUACUUUCCCCUAGUCAACGAAGUGACACAGCCAUUCCAUGGGAUGAACAUCUAUGAUCUCACACCACUCGGAAAUAAACGCUGGGAGACGGCCAGGAAUAAGAUGGAGCAAGCGCUGGCGAAGAUCGACGAAAGUGCAGCCUUCGUGUUGCAGCAGAAACUCCUCGAAACCGGUGGAAACGCACGCCACACGGUAAUGGUGUUUAAUCGCUACAAAGAAAUCCUAACUCGGCCGCUCAUACUGGAAACGCUGGCUGCCGAACGGUAUCAAGUGUUCCGGAACGUAGACACGAUGCUCAAGGAUCUGCGCGAAAUGCUCAGCAGCACCAACUUCACGGAAAGCGACGUAACACCGAUCGUGGCCGAAACGCGCUGCUACCGGGUGGUGCAGGAUGAGCUGCGGCAGCUCGAAUCGAUCGUCACGGCACUGUGCCGUGAUCGGGAGGGCCAGGUCGACGCAUUGAAGCGGAUUGUCGAAUUUCGGGAAGAGAUGGAGGCACUCAUACGGGCGAACUUUGAAACGUGGACCGAAAACUCCAUGAUGGCCAUACGUGAUGGUGAGCUAAGCCUUCGUGAAAACCAGCCGGUGGUCGUGUUUGAUAAGUCCGACAAUCAGCUGAUGAAGGUAACGUUCGGACCGAAGCUGGUCACUUUCAUCGAUGAAGCACGUCAUCUGCAGAACCUGGGCCUGAAGCACUCGACGGAGAUCCUGCGCAAUGUGACGCAUUCGAUGCGUUUCGUUGCACACGCUCGCCGUUUGCAGCAGGUGGCCACCUUCCACAAUACGAUCGGUGGCGUGAUGGUACCCUGCAUACGCCCAAUCAUGCUAAAGAAUGCAAUGGAGUUCUCGAAACUGGUCCGCAGUGAGUCUGUAUCGUGGAGCGAAGAGGAAUCCGUCGAACGGUACAUCGAAGCACUGCAGGAAGCGGUCAAGCGGUUGCUGAAGGAUAACAAUCUGCUGACGGGUUACCAUGAGCAGGCCCGCAAAUCGAUCGUGAAACUCAUGGAUACGGAUCUGAUCCGGCAGGCGGCUGUGUGGAAGGAAGAGAUUCGCAGUUUGCGUGAAGUGAUCGUCGGCAUGGAACGGCAGGGCUACGCAAAUCUGAACCCAUUCAAGCUACACUGGGACCACCAGCUGUACAAGGUGUUGGAGUAUCAGUACAUUGCCGGGCUGCUGGAUGUACACCACAAGCUGCCCGAGAUCCACGUCGAUCUCAUCUUUCGCCAGCAGCGCAUCCAGCUGCGGCCAACGCUCGAGGAAAUCAAAUCUAAGUACUACGCCCAGGUGCGGCGGUUCAUCGAGAAGCCGGUCAAUUUUAAGGGACUCUCCGAUCAGAGUAGCACCCUGUUCCGGAUCAUGAUCGAGCGCAAUUAUCAGCACUUCGGGAUAAUGUACGAAAAGGCCGAGAUUGUGUUCCGACAGCUGUUAGAGUUCCGCGACAGCUGGUUACCCUUCGUGGCGCUCGGUAUGGUUGACCUGGAGCAGCUUUGUACCGUCCAUUGUACGAGCUGGCAACACUGGGAUAACAAUUUCCGAGCCUGCAAACGCUUCAGCCAGCAGCUAGCGCGGAUACAGGAACGCGAGAAGGGAAUCGAUUGCCUCAUCAUUAACUAUGCGCCACUGUGCGGUGACAUCGAGUCACUCAGCCGUCGCUACUGGGAGGCACUGGUGGCCAGUUUGCGAACCUCCAUCCUCGACAGCAUCGCCGAGAUACAGGAGUACCUGGCGUACUCGUUUAACGUGCUGCAGAACAUUCCCCAGGACGAGCUGGGCAUUGCGGAGUCGAGCGCCAAGUACGAGAAGAUUACGAGCGAUCUGCCCAAGAUGGGUGAGCUGAUGAAAUCGCUGCAAGGUAAGGACUCGUGCUUGGCGGGCUGGUGUAAGGAGCGCGUUUCGGCGCUCGGCGGGAUCGUGCUACAGUGGAACCAGCUGCAACCACUGAUCGACAACCAUCAGACGCUGCUACAAGGCCGUCUCGACAUCAUCAAGGAGAACAUUCUGCGCCUAAUUCACGAGCUGAACGAUGAGGCGGAGAAGUUCGCGAUCCGCUGGGAAUCCACAAUCAAAGAUCUCGAGACCAAUGAAAAUGCAGACAUGACCCUGUUCCGUGAUCGACAAACUCAAUGGAAGCAGAUCCUUUCUCAACGAGAAACGCUCAACAAACAAACGGAAAAGUUUAACAUUACUGUACCGAAGGAAUUCCACGAGGUGUUCACCAAACUCGAGCAGGACAUUACGGAGCAGGGCAAGAACUGGCAACAGUUCAACGAGUUUCUGCAGGACUUUGAUACGGUCGGUAGCGAAGAGUGGACCAUCUAUCGUCGCCGUCCACAUAUUUUGACGGAUUUCCUGGCACGCUGGGACCAUGGUGGUGCAGGACUGGUGGCACAAAACGCUGCGAACGUAGCCAGCACACGCAUCAGCACCAUGGUCGAUCGCUACCGGAGCGCACUACCGGUGCUUACCACCCUUCAGUCGGAUGCACUGAUCGAGAAGCACUGGGCGCGGUUGUGUAUGUUGCUGUCGAUCGAUUCCCGAUCGCUGCACGAUCUUUGCCUUGGUGAUGUCCUAGCAGCCAGUGAUCGGUUGCUGGAACAGGCCGGUGAAAUUCAAACGAUCGUCCGUGGUGCUGCCUCCGAGCACGUUAUCCGACAGGCGAUCGUCGAGCUGGAACAGUGGGCUGCCACGGCCACCCUGAAGCUCAUCGACUACACCGAUUCACGCGGUUCCGCCAUGAAGCUAAUCCGGGAGUACGUCGAAACGCUUAACAAGAUCGGUGACAACCAGUUCCUGCUGCAAUCGUCUAAAAACUCGUCCGCCGCGUUCGAAUCGUUCUCGGAUCAGGCGGACGUGUGGGAAGAGAAGUUGAACAAUCUGGACUACAUCGUGACGCAUCUGAACCAGAUUCAGAAGCGUUGGAUUUAUCUAGAGCCCAUCUUUGGUGCCGGUACGUUGCGGAAAGAGGAGGCCGUGUUUCGCAGUAUCGACAAAAACUUUCGCUAUAUCAUGCAGGAGAUCGCGAUGGAUCCGAGGGUUGUGUCGGUCCAUCGCAUUAACAACAUCCUGUCCAUCAUCGAUACGCUGCAGAUGCAGAUCAGUCGCUGCCAGAAUGCGCUCAGUACGUAUAUACGGACGAAGAGGGAUGCGUUCUCGCGCUUUUACUUUCUCUCUGAUGACGACCUGCUUGAGCUGCUUGGCCAGUCCUCGAAGGAAGCCAUCGUUCAGAAGCACAUCCGGAAGCUGUUCCCUGGGGUGUAUCGGUUGAUGCUUGAGGACCAGGAUCAGGCCGGUGAGACCGGUGAGACAAAGGUAAUCGGUUUUGCCAGUGAAGAAGGUGACGAAAUCCGGCUGGUGGGUGUUGGUAUACCGAUCGCUGGUGUACCGGUCGAGCAGUGGCUCGCUAGUCUGGUGGAGAAGAUCAAGGAAACGUUGAGCAAUCUGAUAAGUCAGUGUCUUCAAGUCGGUGAUACGUACGAGCUCGAAACGAUCGAACGAUUCCCGAUGCAGAUCCUUUGCCUGGUGGCAUCGAUCAACUUUACACGCCGCACGGAGAAAGCCAUCGUUGGAAUGCAGCUACCCAACUUGAAGCAACACAUUCAGAACGAGAUUGCCCGCUACUCCGGUGCACUACAGCAGCAGCAGCAGCAGCAGCAAAAUGCCGAACCGUCCUCUGGUCGCCAGUUGACGUGCAUCAAGCUACGCUCCCUGCUGAUCGAUCUGGUACACCACCAGACGACGGUGGACUAUCUGGUGACACACAAUGUCACCAACCUCCACGACUGGUACUGGCUACAGCAGCUCAAGUUCUACGCGACCGGCCAAGGAGGCGCAGGCACCAACAACGUCGUUGUGCGCAUGGUGCAUGCAGAGUUCCGCUACUCGUACGAGUUCCUUGGCAACUACAACAAACUGGUCUACACUUCGCUAGCGCACAAUUGUUACCUUACGCUCACGCAGGCCAUGCAGCUAGGCCUCGGUGGUAAUCCAUUCGGCCCCGCCGGUACCGGUAAAACCGAGUGUGUCAAAUCGCUCGGGGCCAUGCUCGGUCGGCUGGUGCUGGUGUUCAACUGCGACGAGAACAUCGAUAGCGCGGCGAUGGGUUUAAUACUGUCUGGACUGGCCCGUUGCGGUGCCUGGGGUUGCUUUGAUGAAUUCAACCGGCUACAGGAGGCAACGCUGUCUUCGAUCUCGAUGCUGAUCCAACCGCUACAGCGAGCACUCAAGGAGCGCCUGACGGAGGUACAAAUGAAUGGGGAGUCAAUACCGCUGGAUCAGCAUUGCUGUGUGUUUGUGACGCUUAAUCCAGCUGGCGAGGAGUAUGGUGGCCGCCAACAGCUACCACUCAACCUGCAGGCCCUGUUCCGCCCAAUUGCCAUGCAGGCACCUCGCCCACAGCAGAUCGCCCGAGUAACGCUGUUUGUCGAAGGUUUCCGGUUCGCCGAUCGCAUCGGCCACCAGAUUGUUGAGCUGUUCGAGUUGGCACAGCGAAUUCUCUCCCGCCAGCGCCACUACGAUUGGGGGCUGCGCGAACUGAAAGCCAUCCUGUCGGCAUGCGGUGGUGCCCUUACCGGUGGCGCAUCGUCCAGUGACACGGCAUCGUACGAACGGGAGGCCGCCAUGGUGGUGAGCGUGAUCCGGGCGAACCUAAUGUGCCGUCUGACGGCCACCGAUGCAACGCGUUUCGAUGUGCUGCUCGGGAACGUGUUCCCCGGUGUUCCACUGACGGCCAGUACCGAUGUGGAGUUACGUGGCGCACUCCAGAGUGCUUUCGGAACCAUCGGUCUGCAGCAGAACGAGCGUCAAAUCGAUAAGUGUCUGGAGUUGUACGCGCAGCUCCAGAAGCGUAUGGGUGUGGUGGUGAUGGGACCACCGCAAUCCGGUAAAACCACCCUCAUCAACCUGCUGAAGGAAGCUUUACUAGCCCAGGGUCACAUUAUCCGGCUGCACACGAUCUCACCGAAGUCGAUGGCCCGGGUGCAGCUGCUCGGUAAGCUGGAUCCGGAUACGCGCCAAUGGACUGACGGUGUGCUGACGUCACUGGCGGUGGCCGUUAAUGCCGAGAGCCGCAAUGUUACCUCCUGGAUCGUGUGCGAUGGUGAUGUGGAUCCCGAGUGGAUCGAAGCGCUCAACUCGGUGCUGGAUGAUAAUCGAUUGCUGACACUGCCAUCCGGUUGGCGUAUUCAGUUCGGACCGAACGUGAACUUCAUCUUCGAAACGCACGACCUCUCGACGGCCUCACCUGCUACCAUCUCCCGUAUGGGCAUCAUCAAUCUGAGUGCGGCCGAUCUACCGUACCAGCUGAUCGUCGCUAGCUGGUUAGCCGGUCGCAGUUCCAGCAUGACGGAUUCGACGGAUCUACUCGCAUCGUACUGCGAUCAGCAUCUAUAUCGGGCGCUAGAUUGGAUCGAGCAGCAUCAGGAGCGGCCUGUGGGUUAUUCACUCGUCAGUCUUGCCCAAUCUGCCCUCAUCGCGAUCGAGACAGCAUCCGGAUCGAGCAUUCGGAGCAGUGAACAUUUCUGUACCGGACUGUUGUGUGGGCUGAAUGGUGUACUGGGUCGACAGGAGAGUAAAAAUGCGCUCGCCAACCAAGUGUACGCCUGGGCUGAUAUCGCCGUGACGGACAGUGCGGUCGCCGAGUAUCACCAUUACAACAGCUUUCGCGAUAUGAUCGAACUGUACGGUACGGACGAUAUUACUGGUGCGACGAUCGAGGCAGGCACCUAUACGAACGUGCUCGUCAAGACACCGCUCAUGAAGCUGGCCAGUGAGCUGUUGAAGCGAAUCGUAGGAGCACGGGAACGUCAGGCCGGAGCGCUUCUACUGGUCGGACCGAGUGGCAACGGGAAGAGUCUGCUACUGCAGAGUAUCGUCGGUGAGUUCGCCGGUUACCAGCUGGUGACGAUCAACUGCAGCGCUCAGCUUACGACGGCCAGCAUCCUGUACACGCUUAAGCAGAACUCACUGAUCGUGACAACGGUGAAGGGCAAGGAAUAUCGGCCAAACUAUGCCCGGAUCGUACUAUACCUGCGCAAUCUCGAUCUGUGCACGGUCGAUGGUUGGGGUACGUGCGAGGUGGUCGAGCUGUUGCUGCAGCUAAUCCAUCGCCAUGGCUUCUACAGUGAAGGUGUUGAGUGGAUCUGUGUCAGCGGGGUACAGGUUUGUGCCUCAAUAGCGGAUCUCGAGAAAAGCAGCCUUUCGCCUCGCUUCCUGUCUGUCUGCCGGCUCGUAAGAUUCGGUUAUCCAUCGGAGCAGGAUAUGGAGAGUAUCGUCCGGAGUAUUCUGCUGCCGGUAUACAACCAGCUAGCGAAGGGUACGGUGCGGGUUAAGCUGGGUGAGCUGGUGCGCUCGAUCAUUAACGUGUACCUGAGGAUCAACGAGCGAUUCCAGCACAGUGAUGCUACGCACUACCGUUUCACACCGAAGAUGAUCGAGAAGUGGAUCGCCGGAUUGCUGUUCUAUCCGCAGGAGUGUUUCGAGAAAGCGCUCCAGUACGAAUGUCGACGUAUCUUCCGAGAUCGGCUGGUUACACUGGAGCAACGCCAGCAGCUGGAUGAUGUACUACGGGAAGAAUUCCGUGCACUGCGACCGAUCGAUGGGAGCGAACUGUUUGUCCCGCAGGAAGGCGUCGGUCAUCGGCAGCGUGCCGAGCUGCAGAUGCUUUCACUGGAACAGUGGCAUCAGACCAUCGAUCACAGUGUCUCCAUAUGCAAUGCGGAAAGUGUCAUUGUGGACGUCCCGAUGAGUGCAGCUUUCUAUGAUACGGUGGCCGCAAUCUGCCGGGCACUGGUGCGACCCUCGGUCAAUCUCGUCCUGGCUGGGCGUAGUGGUUCGGGGCGGCUGCAAGCGCUCUAUACGGCCUGUACGCAGCUCAACGUGAAGGUGGCGAUGCCACAGAUGGCGCGCCAGUACGGUACGGCCGAGUUUCAGACCGACCUGAAGAUCACGAUGCAAAACUGUGCCCUCGAGGGUGAACCGGUUGUCUUCUGUUUGCAUCAUGCCGUCGCUAACUUCCUGCCCGAUACGGUGCGCACCUGUGAAGCCAUCUUGGCCGGUGGUGAGUUGGCCGACUUUUUCGGUGAUGAUCUGGAGAACAUUGCGGCCCCAUUGAAGGCUCAGGCUGCGCUGGAAUCCUACCAAAGCACACCGGCGGCGUACUUUGUGCAGCGCCUCAAGCAGAACUUCCAUCUGGUGCUGGUGCUAGAGUCCGGUUGUCCGACGGUGAGGUCCCUCUUCGAGUCGUAUCCUGCGUUGUAUCAGAAAACCGAAAUGGUCUGGAUGCUGUCGGAGUCUUGUUCAAAGUCGGACGAUUUACGCACUUACCUGGCUACUUCCGUGGGUGCUGGACCUGGCGUUCGUGGAGAAACAGCUGGCAGCUUGGUACCGGUGACAAAUGGUGAACACACAACCAUACCGUUGCCCGCGUACUUUAACGAUCUCAUCGAUCUCAGACUUUCGGAGUGGAGCCUAUGUCCUCUGCGGCGUACGCAGUUACUGCGCUGCUACGGACAGCUGUACGGACUGGAGAAGAGCCACAAGGAGCAACACAAAACGAAGAUCCAGAUCGGUGUCGAUAAGCUGUCCGAGACGCACCGAGUGGUGGAGAAGCUGAAGCUCGAGGCGGAAGAGAAACAGAGCGCCCUGGCUGAGAAGCGCCAGCUAGCGAACCAAUCGCUGGACAUGAUCGCCAACACGAUGCGCUCGGCCAACGACAAGAAAACGGAACUGCUCGAGUUGCAGCGCCAGACGCAGGAAAGCAGCGAGAAGUUGAUCGAACGAAAGCGAGCGAUUGAAGAGGAGCUUAGCCUGGUGGAGCCAGUCCUGCGUGAAGCGAGUGCCGCCGUUGGACAGAUCAAAACGGAGGCUCUAUCGGAAAUCCGGUCACUGCGGGCUCCACCGGAGAUCGUACGCGAUAUACUGGAAGGUGUGCUGCGACUCAUGGGCAUACGGGACACGUCCUGGAACAGCAUGAAAACGUUUCUGGCUAAACGGGGUGUCAAGGAGGACAUCCGAUCACUCGAUCCGUCCCGCAUCGGUCCCGAGAACUGUGCAGCCGUUGAGAAGCUACUGGCGGCCAAGGCGGAUUCGUAUGAGCAGCGCAACGCGAAACGAGCCUCGGCUGCGGCCGCACCACUGGCCGCCUGGGUGAUUGCAAAUGUGAAGUACGCCAAGGUAAUGCAGAGCAUUAAACCGCUAGAGCGGGAGCAGCAUCAGCUGAAGGAGAACCUUGAUCAAGCGGAAGCCUCCAUGCAGUCAUUGUCGAGCGGGCUCGAUAAUGUAAACGAUACCGUCCGGGGGCUUUCGGAGCAGCUGAACGUCUACACACAGGAGGCUGCCAUGCUGGAGAUCAAGCUGGAAGAUGCCAAAAACACGCUACACACUGCCGAAGUGCUGGUGCAGAAUCUGAGCAGUGAGUACACGAGCUGGAGCAACGAGCUGGACGAACUGAACCAUGCCAUUGCACACUUGACCGGAAGAAGUUUCAUGACCGCCCUGAACUUGACUCAACUUUCACAGAUGAGCCUUGAGACGAGAAGAGCGUGUAUGGCUAAGCUGGCCGAACUAACGGGUACUCCAGUGUUCGAGCUUGAUCAGCAGUUGGUCAGCAAUCAGGAUAAGAUCAUUUGGGAGAGCAUGGGCCUCACGGCUGACCAGCAGUACCGCGAAAACGCCGGUAUGCUAUCCAAGUACUUUUCGCUACCAUUCUCCUCCACUCCCGUCCCACUACUGAUCGAUCCCUCGGAGUAUGGUCAGCAAUGGUUGGUCAACUAUCUGGCAUACCUAAACCGUACCACCGAACUAACGAGCCAGAGUGCGGAACGGUUUGCGUACAGUCUCGAGCUGGCCGUACGAUUUGGGAAGGUGCUGAUCGUCAAGAACGUCAACUCGAUCGAUCCACCGCUCCUGCCGCUGUUCUGCACUCCCGUGCAGAGCCGCUUCAACAAGCGGUUAGUUCAGGUCGGUAAUAAAACUAUCGAUCUGCACGAUGACUUCAAGCUGAUACUGAUCACACAAAACGAGAACCUCGAGGCACAGAUUGGUGCCGAUCUGAGAGCACAGCUGAUGGAGCUUCGCUUCACGACGACAGUGGCCGGACUUACGGACGUGCUAACGUUCCGCUGGGUGCACACGAAGCAACCGGCGAUCGAACGUAAGCGAACGGAAUUGCUCCAGGAGGAGGGCAAGUUGAUGAAAGAGAAGGUGAACCUACAGGACAAGCUGCUGCAGGAGUUGUCUGCGGCGCAGGGUGAUAUACUGAAGAACGAACCCCUGCUGGCGACCCUGAACAGCAUCAAGGCAAGUGCGGUGGCGAUCGAGAAGUCAUUGGGCGAGUUCGUGCAAGUGCGGGAUACGAUCAUGGAGCACUACACACAGCGAACGGUGCUAAGCGAAAUGGCGGCCAAGCUGUACAUGGGCAUUCGCAGGUUCUACGCACUCAGCGUAACAAAGUAUAUCGCCAUCUUUCUUAGCGUUAUCGACAACGAUAAGCAUACGGGACAGGAUGCCCUGUACAGCAUUCUGGUACGUCGUGUCUACUCGCUUCUCAGUCGUAGCAUCCCGAAGGACGAACAAAUCAUUCUGGGACUGAACGUGUGCAAGCAAGCAUUUCCCGAGCAACUACCGGACCGGGAAUGGGAAUCAUUUGUUCACAAUUUUACCAAUGCAGACGCAUCGAGCACCGGUGCAGGAGACGAUGGUCCACGAGGGUGUCCUGCUUGGGUAAGACCGGAGCAAAGGGCUAAAGUGAUGGCGCUGCAAACACUACUGCCAGACCUUUACCAUCGACUGGAGCUGCACAAUGAGUCCAAAGAUUGGAGCCGGUACACGGAAGGUGAUGAAGCGGUCGCUCCAGUAUCGCUGACCGAGUUCCAGCAGAUUCUCAUAGCACAGAUCCUACGUCCGGAUCUGCUCAUCCGGACAAUCCACCGAUCGGUGCGUAAUUUGUUAGGAUUGAAAACGCUCUAUAGCACCCGUCCGUCCGUUAAAGCGUUAGCAGAGGAAUCGACUCCCGCGGAACCGCUGUUACUGGUGACUUCGUCGGGCAUGGAUCCUGCCGAGGAGAUCCGCGAACACGCCCGCCAGACGACCGGUAUUGGGUUGGCAAAGUACAACGAGUUCUCCAUCGGUAAGGGUCUGGAGAUGGAGGCACUGAAGCUCAUCAAGGAUGCCGCCAAUACGGGCAGCUGGAUCUGCAUCAAAAACGUGCACACAGUGCCGACCUUUUUGAUGUCCACCCUGGAUGAAGCUCUGAAGACGGUUCCCCUGGCGGACGGUUUUCGGCUGUGGUUAACCUCGGAAACGGAUCGACAGAUCGGGGAGGUGUUUCUAAAGAAGUGUCUCAAGGUACUGUACGAGCCACCGGCUGGUUUGAAGCACAAGCUGAAGCUCCUACUUGAGCAGCACGAUCUCGGGGCGAUCGGUAGCAAGAAGCGAGAUUUUAAAACGAUCAAGUUGCACGUGGGAUUGUUCCUGCUGCAUUCGAUCGUACAAGAGCGACGAUCGUAUAUACCACAAGGAUGGAGCAAGAGAUACGAUUUCUCCGACGCAGAUCUGCGUACCGCCAUGGAUAUGAUCCAGUAUGUCGAGGCUGCCAGCGGUUCAGUAUCAGCGGGAGCGAAAAUCCCGUGGCCCGUCAUACAGGGAUUGUGCGAGAAGCUAAGCUACGGUGGCCGCAUUGAUAAUGAGCAAGACUUUCAACGCCUGGAGCACCUGGUGCGUGAGUUUAUCGAUGAAAAGAUCAUGACCAGCCGUUGGCAGCCAGCAUUCCUGGGCAUUACCGUUCCGAACUCGAGCCACAUCGAGGACUACGUGAAAGCGUUCGAUCAGCUACCCGACACCGACAGCCCAACACUGUACGGCAUUCCGGCGUCCACCAAUGCGUCCCGGGAUCUCAUCUUCUGCCGGAAUACACUGAAGGCCCUCCGAUCGCAGUACUUUUCGGCUGGCACGGUGCAGAACUACGAGAAGCGGUUGCGUCCGAUCGUUGGUCUGUGGUACAAACUGACGAAUAGCUCGGGCCACCACUCGGGUUCGGUUUCGAUCGUUACGCGAUUCAAUUCGCUUAUCGAACGUUCCCGCGACAGUGCGGAUCCGUGGACGAUCUUCGUUGUCUCGGAGCUGACGAUCGCACGUGAUCUGCAUUUUACGAUCGGCGAGACACUGCAGGCACUGAAGCUGGCCCUUAAGGAUGCUGGUCUGCUGACCGCGAAAGAUCGUGCCCUGUUGGGAACGAUCUGUGACAAUCUGGUGCCAGUACAGUGGCGCCGUCUCUGGAGUGGCCCGAAGACAGUGAUCGAGUAUCUGCGAGCGGUUACGUUUAAGACAGCUCAAGCGGAAGCCAUGUUUAGCUCGCUGCUGGAGCAACAAACGAUCGAACGGGUGGAUUUGAACCAUCUCUUUAAAGUCGAAGCCAUGCUAUCGGCUCUGAAGCUCUACAGAUCAAGGGAACUGGGUGUCUCUACGACGGAGCUUACGCUCGUGGCAAAGUUUGGUGGCGUUAAUGGCAGCUCCCCAAAGAAUGGUAUCCUGGUGGCACCGAUUCUGAUCGAUGGAGGCACCUUAAAGCACAACAAGCUGAUCAUUCAACAAACGUCCGCCAAUCAGCAGACAGCAGUCGAGGGCGUCUCUACGGGGCCGUUUGUGUUAAGCUACCAACAUCAACCGGCGGACCGGAGCGAACGAUCAUCACGGGACGAUGCGAUAUCGGUUCCAUUAUACAACAACAUCUCGCGCGAUGUGCUGUUCUGCUCGAUCCUCAUGGAUAUUGGUUCCGGACUGAGCAAGAGCCAAAUUAUCGCCGCCGGUAUUGCCCUGAUUGUGCCGGAGAGUUAUCAGUAG